UUCGAUUUUCUCAUUUUCUAUCCUUGCAAGAAGGAGAAACAGAAGUAUUUCGAAAGGCAUUGAAAAACCUUUGAAGUUCAAAAGAAGUUCAGAUUGCCGGCGAUUGAAAUUGGAGUUUUGAAGGAUGGCUGACCACGUUGAUGACCACGAGAAACACGAAUCGGCCGCUGAAUCACUGAUUGAUAAGAUCACUGAUAAGUUUCAUGGCGACAAUUCUUCGUCAUCGUCUGAUUCGGAUGACGAGAAAGACAUCAAGGUGACGACUGCAGCGGUUAAAGCAAAGAUCUGUCGUCUCUUUGGCCGCGAAAAGCCCGUGCACAAGGUUCUAGGCGGUGGGAAACCUGCUGACAUUUUGCUAUGGAGGGACAAGAAGAUAUCUGCUGGAGUGCUUGGCGCUGCCACUGCAGUUUGGGUGCUUUUUGUACUGCUUGAAUACCAUUUGCUCACAUUAGUAUGUCAUAUUCUAAUUCUGGCCGUUGGAGUUCUUUUCCUGUGGUCAAAUGCAUCCACCUUCAUCAAUAAGUCUCCACCUCAAAUCCCCGAAGUCAUCCUACCCAAGGAUAUUUUCGUUGGUGUAGUUUCUGCUUUUAGGAUCGAAUUUAACAGGGCUUUCGCAAUUCUUCGAGAUAUCUCAUCUGGGAAAGAUCUGAAGAAGUUCCUCACUGUAAUUGCUGGCCUCUGGGUACUUUCAAUUCUGGGAAAUUGCUGGAACUUCCUAACCUUGUUAUACAUAUGUUUUGUUUUGUUGCACACGGUGCCUGUGCUUUAUGAAGCAUAUGAGGACCAGGUUGAUGCUUUUGCUGAGAAAGCCAAGGCUGAGAUCAAAAAGCAGUAUGCUAUGUUCAAUUUCAAGGUUUUGAGUAAAAUUCCCAAAGGUCCAUUGAAGACCAUGAAGCUGGCUUAGUCCUGCAGAUGUGGUGUUCCAAGGUUUUUGCAGGGACAUGUUGGCUGUCUGUUUUUCUUCUCUUUGUUGUUUUGACUCAUUCAUUUGAUAGAGCUCGUUGUACUGGUUUGUUUUUGACUAUUUUAGUUCGUAAUUUAAAAAAAAUUAAAAAAUACAUAUAUAUGCUAUUUUGUGAGGCAGUUAACAUAGCUGCAAAUUUCUAUACUGCUCGUGGAUUAGUGGCUUAUUUACUGUGAGCGUAAAUUAUCCCUUGGAAUUCAUUAUUCAUCCAAAAUUCA